GCAGGCGGCGGCGGGGACCCGCCAUGGAGAAGGCGGCGGGCGCGGAGCUCCGGCAGGGCGCCCUGGUGCCGCUCACCGCCAUCUGCCUGGUGAAUCUCUUCUUAACUGGGAAAAUAGAAAGUGCUGUUACCUCAUUAGCUGCUUGCAGUGGAAAACUGGAACAGCACACAGAGAGACGUGGAGUCAUCUAUAGUCCUUCCUGGCCACUAAACUAUCCUCCAGCCAUAAACUGCAGCUGGUACAUCCAAGGAGAUCACGGAGAUAUGAUAACAAUUAGUUUUAAGAACUUUGACUUGGAGGACUCUCAGAAAUGUGCAGUAGACUGGCUGAUGAUUGGCCCCUCUUUCAAGAGGGAGGAGUACAGAGUGUGUGGAUCCUCCAUACCACCCUCCUUUAUCUCUGCACGGGAUCACGUCUGGAUAUUUUUCCACUCAGACGCAUUGAGUUCGGGACAGGCUCAGGGAUUUCGCCUUUCCUACAUCCGAGGAAAAAUAGGCCAGACUAUUUGCCAGUCUGAUGAAUUCCACUGUGUAAACGGCAAGUGCAUUCCCAACACUUGGAAGUGUAAUUCCAUGGAUGAGUGUGGGGAUAACUCGGAUGAGAGAAACUGCACCAUCCCUCCAACAGAGCCUCAGUCCAGCAUCUGUCCCUCAGGAACAUUCCAAUGUAGCAUAGCCCAUUCCACCAAGUGCUUGAUAAAUGAGUUGAGAUGUAAUUCAGUUAAAGACUGUAGUGAUGGUUCAGAUGAAGAUAACUGCCCUGACCUUGCAUGUGGCAAAAGACUGGGUAAUUUUUAUGGGUCUUUCGCUUCCCCAGAUUUAUUCCGUGCAGAUCACAGCCGGGCAGACCUUCGCUGCACUUGGUAUGUGGACACACAAGAUAAUCGGCAUGUCCUCUUGCAGCUUGAUUUACAGUUAGGGUACAAUGACUAUGUAAAGGUGUAUGAUGGAAUUGGAGAGAGAAGUGAUAAAUUAAUGCAAACUCUUUCAUAUCACAACAACAGGCACUCGGUGAGCGUGGAGUCCUCAAAGGGUCAGCUCACCAUUUCAUAUCAUGCCAGAUCAAAGAGUACUGGCCAUGGAUUCAAUGCAACUUAUCAGGUGAAAGGUUACUGCCUUCCGUGGGAACACCCUUGUGGAAGUGAUGAGGAGUGUUUCACAGAUAAGCAGCAUUGUGAUGGUUGGUGGCACUGCCCAAAUGGCAAAGAUGAAGAGAACUGUCCAGCUUGCCAGAAAAAUGAAUACCCAUGCGAAGGAAACAGUGGACUGUGUUAUUCAAUACUUGACCGAUGUAAUAAUCAAAAGAACUGCCCAGAUGGCUCAGAUGAAAAGAACUGCUUUACAUGCCAACCAGGAAACUUUCACUGUGGCACAAAUCUGUGUAUCUUUGAGACUUGGCGCUGUGACGGCCAAGAAGACUGCCAGGAUGGAAGUGAUGAACAUAAUUGUCUGGUUAUAGUGCCCAGAAAAGUCAUCACAGCUGCUCUGAUUGGGAGUCUUGUGUGUGGCUUGCUGUUGGUAAUAGCACUGGGUUGUGCAUUUAAACUCUACUCACUGAGGACCAGGGAAUACAGAGCAUUUGAAACCCAGAUGACUCGUCUUGAGGCAGAGUUUGUACGACGUGAGGCUCCACCUUCCUACGGGCAGCUCAUUGCACAAGGACUUAUCCCGCCAGUUGAAGAUUUCCCUGUUUACAAUGCAUCGCAAGCGUCUGUGCUGCAGAACAUCCGAACAGCAAUGAGGAGACAGAUGAGACGCCACUCAUCGAGACGGAAUUCAUCUCGGAGGCGCUUGGGCAGACUCUGGAACAGACUGUUCCACAGGCCACGAGUGAGAGGGCAGAUCCCUCUCUUAACACCUGCGCACACUUCCCAAACAACACUGGGUGAUGGAAUUAUCGAUCACACCGAAGGGAAUCUCCAGAAUCCCUCACCUUCCCCUGAAGGACCUAAUUCAGAGGCAGAGACCUAUGGCCAGGUUAGAGGGCUACAAGAAGCUGGAAGUUGCGUUUUGCAGCCAGAGACUGAUGCCACAGAGCCAUCACCCUCUAGUGUUUUAUCUAAUACUUGCACGGCUGCACAGGCAGAGCCUGAGACUGGACACAGUGACAAAUCUUCAGGUGCUGAGGAGACCUCCAGCACUGAGCUUAAACAGACCAAGAGGGUGGAUUCAGGAAAAGCUUUCAGAGACCCUUUGUCUGAAAGUGUUACAGAAACACUCCGUGGAGGAUCGGUAUCCAGAAGGACUGUCACAGAGAACAGUAAUUUAAACAGGAGUCAUCCGCUGAGUGAAGAGCCAUGUAGAUUACCCUUAAAAAAGUGGGAGUCUAAUUACUCAGACAGCCCUAUGAAUGUUUGUAUUCAGGUGGAUGGACAGCAGAGAUGUUGCCCUCAUUCCUAUCGGGAAGAACCUUUGGGUAUUCACGCGGCUUGUUGCCAUUCUGUGGAAGUGCCAAUGCUAGAGUCCUCUACUCCCCUCUCAGAAAUCAAUACAAGUGAUGAUGAAUCAUUACUAGUUUGCUAAUGACAUUUUGUUUUGACCCUGUAGAUUUUGUAACUUUAAAAUGUACAUUUGCAGAGCACACUGAUUAUAAUCGACACAUCCGUGCUCUCAGCGUAGUCUGUUAGAACCAAUGUGCAUUUAUCCCAGAGGGAGCAGAAUACCUAUGACAAGACUGGGGGACAAAUUUUGUCUUUGUUGAUAUGCUUGAAACUCCAGUGGGGUAGAACUAGGCCAAUGUAUAUGUUAUGGGGCCAAGAGUGAGUGAGAAUCUAUUGUCACAAUUUGGGAGUAUUUCCAUCCUCCUUUGUUCCGUUCAUUUAUUCACUUUCACGUUGCAAUCAGGGAAUUUGAGUUUGUUUAGUUUAAAGUCACUUACCAUUAACAUUAAUGUGCUAGAGAGAAAUCAGUUGGCAGUCUGUGUAGGUGUCAGUCACAGGGAGUUACAACUGUCAGUUUUCAGUUAGAAAUAUCAAAUUGUUGUCUUUUUAGAUUAUUGGUUUUAAUUAAACAGUGUUUACAGAGCCCCAAAAUACAUUUAGCAGAAAGUCAAAUAUAGGCUCCUCUUUCUCUUUGCUGAAAAUUACCACUUUUUCUCUAUUCCCUUCAGAAGUGUAUUGUUGGCCAUAGAUAUCCAAAAGCAUCUAUUGCAACCAAAGUUUCUGUAUUCUGUAUACAGAGAAGAAUCAGGUAUUUUAUCUGCUAUAACUAUGUAAUAACAAAUUAGCCAUGUUAAUGAUAACUGGAGUGCAUUAAGCCCCAUUUGCAGCAACACAUUUGUAUUAUCAGAUAUUUUAUCAUAUUCACAAUGGUUUUGUUAAGUUUGAAUCUUUUUUUUUUUCUUCUCUUUUUUUAAGGUCUUAGUAUAAUGCCAUUUUAGGACAUGGUCUAGAGCAGUGGUGGGCAACCUGCAGCCCGUCAGGGUAAUCCGCUGGCAGGCUGUGUGACAGUUUAUUUACAUUGACUGCAGGAACAGCUGCUUGCAGCUCCUAGUGGCUGCAGUUAACCGUUUCUGGCCAAUGGGAGCUAUGGGAAGUGGCUCAGGCUGCAGAGAUAUGCUGGCUGCUGCUUCCCGCAGCUCCCAUUGGCCAGGAAUGGCGAACUGCGGCCACUAGGAACUGCAGCCGGUCAGUGUAAACAAACUGUCUUGCAGCCUGUCAGCGGAUUACCCUGACGGGCUGCAGGUUGCCCACCACUGGUCUAGAGAGUUAAUGAGUGCUUCCAGCUCUCAUUAGCUACAGUGGGAGUUGCAGUUAGUGGAUUUUUUAAUGGUAUACACAUUGUUUUGUUGUUCUUUUAGAUACAUGCUAGCUGAAAAGAUCGGCACCAUUUUCAAAACUGAAAAUGUGCAGACUUUGAAGUAGUUUGGGUAGACCCCUGUGCCUUUUGCUUUUUAAAUUUUAAUUAAAAACAGUUAAGCUAUUUAACUGUGAAACAUGGUGAUGUUGCCUAGAUAGGAGUGACUCACUACAGAACAACAAACGUUAUCUGGUGAAAUCCUGGCUCUGUUGAAGUGAAUGGGAGCUCUGCUAUUGACUCCAAUAGGGCUAGGAUUUCACCCCAUAUUUUAAUGUACAAUUUCUACUUUAGUUUUCCUCUUCUGAAGAAGCACAUAAUUUAAAAAAAUGUCAGCAAUUUUUUUUAGAAUGGAGAAAAUAAGUUAGUUGCCACUCCUUUGUAGGGAAGCAGGUGCAGGAUAGUGUGUAUCUCAGUACUCUGAGACUGUCUACUACUGUAGGACAGCUUCCAGUUAGGAAGUGAAUAGGAGCCUUAACUGCAGAUUGUGCUGACAGGGUUAUUAAUUGAUCUUCUAUGAAAACUACACAGGAGUUUAACCUGGGCUGCACAAUCCAAAUGGUCUUUAACUCCUGCAGGUCACUUGAAUGUGAUGGGAGUUGAACCUGUGCAGUGAAGGGUGAAUUGACCUGAGUGUCAAGGUGUUUAUCCUUUUAAUGGGCUGUAUUCUGCCCUUGAUUUUUCUACAGAACUGUCAGUGGGAGUCUCAGCCAAGAAAUGAGGUCAGGGCUAGGCCCACUGUGGUUUGGUUGGCUUUGCCAAAUCAUAAUGUGAAAGAACAGCAUUGAUGUGCUUUAUUUUUCCUCUGACACAAAUUACUUUUAUAUUGUAUUUGCCAGAACCAGGAAGAAGCAGAAGAUUCAAAAUUGUAAGAAGAUUAGGAGUAGGCAAGGGUUUUGGUCAGAGUGCAUUCCAGUAAAGAAUCAUAGUAACACGAAGUAAAAAAUAAAAAUACUGUUUGGUCCGAUAUUUCCUUCCACAUAUUUCUGUGGUCAGAGGCCAUUUAGCCAAACAAAAAAGUAGUUUUGAGAAUAUUUUACUUUCCUAGCAUUUGUAAGCAUUUUAGGUACAUUCCACCCUUAAAAGAUCAUGUACUGUAGUCAUUAACCUGCCAGGGAUGUUUGUGUCCAAGGCUACAGUUUUUAGUGUCUCUCUUUGUCUAAAAGUAAUUUUAAGUACAUAGAAUUGUAUUUAUAAAAUAGUAAACUUAGUUAUAAUUGGGUGGAAGAUUACAUUUCAGGGUAAAUACUGUACAAACAAAAAGAACCUUAUAAAUAAAUGUAUAUUUAAUUCUGUUACAGAAACAUAUUUCUUUCUAUAAUAAAAUCAUUUUGAUCCUACUAAGCCUUAAAUUAUAUUAUCAUUAUUGUAAUGUUCUUCUGACAAUUUAAGUUGAAAUAUGUACUUCAGAACAUAACGAUCUUUUGGUACAGCAGUGCACAACUAGUAACGCCAUCCUUUAGCUUAAAAAAGAUGUAACUUCAAAUAAUUUUAGUAUCGCUUUCAGACAUACUUUGCGUACUGUUGAAAAUGCAUUUUAAUAACUAAAUGGUAAUUUAAACAAAUCAGUUUUUAUUUCUUCCUUGUAUAUUUAAGCAUCACAACUCGAAACUGAAGAAUUGAAGCUGUAAUAAAGUUUACAAAUGCCAUCAUCCAGGAAAUGUUCAGCUUCCUCUUUGUGGAAACAUAUUACCCUGCGUAACUAAAAUAUACAGCCCUGUUGCUUUUUGAAAAGCACAUAACUUUUUUGUAAUCUGCAAUAAACUGUGAUUUUUGUUUUGUCUAGUAUAUUGCUUAAAGUGAAGAAUCCCUAACUCUUGUUAAACAUUUUGCAGGAGAAAUCUGUUGUGUUCUGUAAGUACAAACGAGUUGUGCGUUACAGUAUCAUGGACUGGAGGGACUUGACAGAAGACAUGAGGUUUGCCUUACUAUAGACCUAGUAUUUUCCCAGCUUUUAAAAAUUUAUUUAAUUGUAUUUAAUUUUCCAUGAAAAAACCUUUAUUUUAUUUGUUUUAAUAUAAAUUGCAUGUUCAUAAAGGCUUAAAAAUAGUUGGAAAAACUGUAACUAAGACAAAAAUGUAAAGGAAAAAUGAAUAAUAACCUUUUCUUUGUUCCUUUUGAGAUUAGGGAAAAUAUCUCGCUUCAAUGACUACAUAAGCUGAAGUUACUAAACCAAUAAAAUUGUUCAAAUUCUUAUUUUUA